CAUCUCACAACCCACCAUUUUGCUUCUGCUUCACUGCAGCCAGUAGUUGAACCGACUCCGUGGAUCCACGUGACCCAUGACGUUCCUUGACGUCAUGGAAGGGAAAGUGAUGACAUUGCGGCCACCGUGAUCGUCGCUCAAUGGCCACCCCCAUGCAUCAUCGUAUCGACCCUCCAGCUGUACUCGCUGCUCUGCUUCCGCGGCGUGCCACUGACGUACUAUAACACUGGCUCUUCUCACCCGCUUCUAGAAGUAUCCUACCCCAGUGAUCGACCAGGAUUCCAAGAAACUCAGUGUCCAUUGCAUACGGAAUUGACGAAAGAGGGAUCUGCAUCUCCAGUUCCCAUCACCUAUAAACCAAGCUGUCCGACAGUUGUUUGGUUACUCAUUACCCUACCUUGACUACUACAUCUCUUUCAAGAACUUUCAUCGAGAAAAACAUAUUCAUCAUGGACACUUUGAACAGAACUUUCAACAAUGCCUCCAAUGCCAUGUGGAGUGACCUUCAUUCCAACCGGACCCCGGAUCAGCUCGCUGAACCGCAUGGCGAUGAGCCUCUCUCCGGCAUCCAGGGUAAAGGAACUGCCACGGACCCCUAUGAUGCUGGAAACCGUGAGGACCAACCUGGUGCUCCUACUACGAGGGAAAACACCGCCGUCAUUCCCGAAUCACUGGCAUCCACCAACGACGACCACGCUCGCAACCCCAAAUCCCCAAGCAACGCAGAUCUAGGCCCUAAGAACGUGUUUAUCGACGAGCCCCGUCAGGAGCCGAAGAUGGGCUACCCGAUGGGAGGCACCGCCAGCAUUGGCUCCAAGCAGCGGCAAUCCCAGACCACCGGCGUUCCUGAACAGCGGAACCCGCCCUCGUCGACCUACAGCCAGGGCAGCCAGCCCGCCCAGAAAGGCAAGGAUCUCGCAGGUUCCUCUGCAGUCGCUGGCGGUGCCUAUGGCUACUCCGGACAGGGAGGACAGGAUACCCUUGCUGUCCGUGACAACCUGUCUUCUCAGAAGGACAAGGAGCUCCCAGGACAAUCAAGCACCAGCGGUGGCCGGGGCGCCCAGAGCAUGACCGACAACCAGGGUGCCAAGUCCUUGCCUAACCAAGACGACUCUAUCAGCCCAUUGACUACGGAAGGAGUAGACGAACAGGCAGCCCAGACCUCUGCCAACGACACCCAGGGUCUCCGACACGAGAAAGAGUCCGUGGACAAGUUGACUUCCAACCCCAGUACCAGCGAGGCAACGGGCCUCCGACAGCAGAAAGGCUCCAUGAGCAAAGAGGGCGAAGCUAAGAGCAAGCUCGACGACAAAGCCUCUCAGAUGCAACAGAAAGAGAAGUCGUCGACAGACAAGGCCACCUACGGCGGCGCUGGCGGCAUCGUCGACUCUACCAAGCAAGACAACAAAGACAAGCCCGACGAGAAAGAGGGCUCUGCAUCCCAGGGAAAUCAGGAGAAGGAGCAAGACAGUGCCGAAAAAACCAAGAAGACGGCAGAGAGCAACGGAGUCAGCGAGGAAGCCUUGAAGGGCCCUCAGACCCCGGCUCCCCGAGAACCAUUCGAGUUUGAGAAGCGGAUGGACGAAGGCGGCAAGGCAGGCAAAGAAGCUGGCGGCAAUGAAGGCAGAUCCGACAAAUCCAAAGGCAGCUCUUCCUCCCACCACAGCCACAACCCUAUGACUCAGUUGAAAGAGAAAGUGGACAAGAUCCUGCACCACAACAAGUCAUGA